AUGUUCCGAACCAAAAUUGCAUCCCUGAUUGCUACUUCCUUCGAUAUAAGCUUCUGGGCCUAUGGCCUCCUCCAAAUUGCGGAUGCUUUCAAGACUGUGCAGAAUGCGGUUGUCGUGUUAGUGGCUGCUUACCAGACUCAUAUCUUGGAAAGCGAUGCCAACCCAGCACAGUGCCAAUCUGUUCUUACACAAUACAACAAGUCGAUCAACUCGCUGCGCCAAUAUCUCGGGAAAACCAAAUUUCGCACAGAAACCCAGCAGGUCGUGGUGCUCAUCACAACCUAUUUUGCUUACCUGUCUUUGCGCCAUUCGAGGGGUUCAGUUGGAAGCAUGCGCUCAUCUUCGAAGCGGUCUCUCUUUAAUUCAUGA